AUGUCGCUGACAUCGGGAAAUGCGUCCAGCAGUCUUGCUAAGUUUGCAUUCAAUAUAUAUGGCACUUUGAACAACAGUAACUCGAACCUGUCUCCGCAGAGCACAUCUUCGGCAGAGACAAGAGGCUCAUCUGACAACACCAGCACGACACACAGCUACGGCAACGGCAACAACAAUAACAGCACUACUAGCCUGACACAUACAGCGCGGAAGCUUCACUAUACCAGUGACCGUGACAUAUCGUCCAUAUCUCAAUUGAACUUCCCCAUACAGGCACACGAACAGUCUUCCGUUCAUCAUGUAGUAAUAGGAGGGAGGAACUGCCUCAAGCUUUUAUCGUUAAACGCAGACCAGACCAAAAUAGUCAAUGAAUUAAACAUACUAGACCAUUCCACAAACAGUACGACUGGAAGCGGAGGCGGUUCGCCUGCGAGUGUGUUUGCAUCCAACUCUCCGUACUCGUCCAACUCCUACUCAACCGCUAGAGGGGCCAAGUUGGUCAAUGUGAACACCACCAAAGCUAAAUACGAUACAAUAGCGUGCGGGCUAUCCAAUGGUGGUAUCUACAUAUACAAGAUUCAGAACAAUGGGAAAUCGACGUUAGCUUAUAAGUUGACAAACCACAAGAGAACGAUAAACUCCUUGGAUUUCUUGAACAUGAAUCACCCUGAAGAUACAAACCAGUUCAUAUCGGGGUCUCAAGACGGUACCAUAAAGCUCUGGGAUUUACGAACAUCUUCGGUCAAGCCGAUGAUGAAUAUCGCAACGGGAUCUCACUCAGACCCCAUUAGAUCUUGUGAGUACUCUCAGCACUCCUCCACAAGAAAUAACAAGAUAACCAUUUUAUCGGUGCAUGAUUCUGGAGCCUUGUACAAGUAUGAUCUUAGAUCCACACAACAGCAAAACCCACACCAACCACUGGCUGGAGGUAACUAUGGUGCAGGGAGUGGUGCUGGAGCCGGUGGUGCAGUUGCAAUUAUACCAGAAAGGAAAUGGAAUUUCCACACGGGGCCAGCACUCUCUCUCCACAUACACCCUGAAAAGGAAUACGUUAUCACAGGUGGCAGAGAUCAAAAGCUAUGUGUAUGGAAUUAUGGUGACAAUGAGUACAGACUGCUGCCUGAAAUUAUAGUUAACUCGUACGGUCCAAUUCUGAAAGUUAGAUGGAGUCUUUAUCCGACUGCUUUGAAGAGCACCGCUAACUACAUGUCUGAAGAGCUGGACUACACAAUUUCUGAUCGUGAUGAUCCAGAAGAUGCCUAUUCCAAGAACCCGUUAUACAAUUAUGACAUUGCAUGCACGUAUCUUAAUGAAGAUCCGACAAUUACUGUAUAUAAUUUGAAAAGAAAGUAUAUCCCCAAGGAAAUAAUCACCACGACUUCAUCAAAACCAUUUCAAAACUUCAUAUGGGGCGCCCAUCCCAAACACACAAGGAAUAUUUGGACCAUAACCAAAGCGAACCAAUUCACUAGCUAUUCUUUAGAUAGGGCAAGAGCUGCAAUAGAUAGUGAAAUAAUUAAACCAUUGGACAAUUUGAGGAAUAUUUCUGUUGGUUGGAGUCAUAGUAUGGGUGACUUUACCUUUAUUAAUCAAGAAAAGUACGAAUUUCAAAAUCUGGAAGGUGAUCUUCAACAGCAAGUGGAACAACAACUGCAACUGCAACAGCUACAAAUUCAACCAAUACUACAAGAAAAAGAGGAUUAUGAGAUGGAUUUAGCAAUGUCAAUUGAAGGAGGAAUGACAGGUUCAGAUGCUGGAAUGCAUAUGGAUGAUAUGGAAAAGGAUAGAGAGCCCUUAGCCAGUCCUAUUGGAAUUGUGCCAAUUGCUACAAACAACAACUCUCCAAUAAAUUUUCAUUCUAAUUUACCCUCAUCAUACCUGAGUGUCCAAGAAAUUAAGAGGGCAGGCGGUGCAGGGAUUCUGGCCGCUCCUAGCAAUAAUAACAUCACGACAAACAACCCAAUCAGCACUGUUAGCAGUUCAGUUAAUAGCGGUAACUUUAAGCAACAACUAUCCACACCUAUUCCACAUAGGCCCACAUUAAACAGAAAUGCCACUCAAGAAUCUAUAGUAUCUGCUGCAGCGUCGUCACCGCUCCAGUCAGCACAAAAUCAAUUUCAUUCUCUACUGUUGCUGCAACAAUUGCAACAGAUACAACAGCUACAACAAACUAAAAGAAUCCUUUCAGUUAUGUACCCGUCUCCAUAUCUUGUACCUAUUUCAUUACCAGUUCAAUUGAAUGAUGAAUCUAUAUUCGAAACAUUAUCUUUCCAUUACCUAAUAUCAAUACCGGAUGGGUUCACUUUAAUCGAUGCGUGUAUAUUGAAUGCUAACGUAGCUGCAAGUGUCAAUAAAUUUCGUGAAUGUCAAGUCUGGAGAGUCUUGGCUGUCAGUCUUGAAGAAGAAGGGAUUUCAAGAGGAACUUUUGAUAAUUUGGGAAGAGGGAAAGACGAUGAUGAACUUGUUAAUAGACUGGAUUCCGUUUCAACUUAUUUAUAUAGCAGUGGAAAAGGAGAAGGUGGGAGAGUAGAUGGUGAAAAAGUCCGUGAAGAGGAUACUCGAUCAAUUCUGCUGGAAUUAGACAACUUCGUUGGGUCGUUCAAUUCAAACUCUACCCUGAAUUAUGGUGGGACAGAUAUUGGAAGUUCCGGUAAUAAUCUAGAUGGAAAUAAUUCUUCACCUGAGAAGGCGAGCUCCAUUAAGAAAGUGGUGAGUAGAAAAGAUGGCUCGUUUUCAGAGCAGAAAAAUAGCUCAACGGGGAACUUAAAAGAUAUGAUCAACAAUAGUCGUGGUGCUUUCCCUAACAGCAUUAGCCCAAUGGCUACCAGAUCCAAUAGUAUGUUGGCAAUGAAUAACAAAGGACUGCAAGUAUUUCGCAACAAAAACGAUGAAAAUGAUAAUGAGGAUGCUAUCGUUGACGAUGAUGAUGAAGGGAUGACCAUAUCUGCAAGGCAAUCUUUAAUACAGAUCAAUAAAAGUAAAGAGAGAGAGGAGGGGGAGAUAACAGAAGAAGAUGAUCUGGCAUUGAAGAAGCAAACAUCACUUUCUGUCUUAAAUGCUUCGAAAGAUGAAGAUAUGGUGCCUGAAAUGUCCGCUUCUCCUCCAAUAAGGGUUGAGACUUCAGCCAUGCAUAGAUAUGGAGAAAUAAACUCAUCACCCAAUAGAGGUGCCAUAGGGAAGAGUAAUGCUAGAUUUUCAUUUGGAACAGGUAAAAGACCUGCUGCCGAAGACUUGGAUGAUGAAAAUAUGAACAUUUUACAUGCUGCUGGAUAUGGAACAUCUGUGUCAUCUUCUGGAAAGUCAAUGGCUGGCUCUCCUACAUUUUUCGGUAACUUACCUCAUUCAUCAUCUCAUUCCCACCAUUCACAACAACAAUUACUGCAUCAUGGAUCGUUUAGCUCUCGUAGGAACUCCAAUUUAUUCGGUAAUCGAAUGAUAACUGGAAGUGGGGUGGGUAUUAAGAACUCCAUCUCCUUCACUUCAUUACCAAAAGAAGAUACCCUCAACAGAGUUCAAGAACAAGAUGAAAUGAGUCAGUUGAGCACUUCUGCCGGACGUGAGAGUAUUAAUGUCCCAUCUCAGUUAACGAAUGCGAUCCACAAGGAAGAAGAAGAAAUCAGAUUACAAAAUGAAUCGACAAAAGCGUCUACCUCACUUUUCAAACCUUGGACUACUAAAAAUCUUCUUGAAGAAGCAUUGAAUUAUGCAGAUUUACAAGGAGAUAUUCUAAUGUGCUCUACUUUGGCAUUGCUCUUCUACGAUCCAGUGCUUAAGAGUAAAAGAAGCUCUGUUUCCAAAGAAAAUUGUAUUGAAUGGCUUGCGCUAUAUAUCGAGAUACUUAGGAGAAAGCAAUUAUUUGUAACAGCAAUGAAAGUGUUGAAUGAAACUCCAAGUGGGCUUUCAGCAGAUUUAAAUAGGAUCUGUGGGAACGAAGUUAAUUUGAGGUUCUACUGCAAUUGGUGCAAAAAGUUACUUGUGAACGAGGAGUCAAAGGUGAAAUUCAAUAGUAGAAAGCGGACCAGCCAGUAUGGUGUCGCAGAAGACAGUGGUGAUUUUGGCUAUUGGUAUUGCGACGAAUGUUCCAAGCAGCAACUGGGUUGUGUCUAUUGCAACGAACCUUGUAAGGGUCUUAACGUUGUUGUCAGCUUGAAAUGUGGCCACAGGGGCCAUUUUGGUUGCUUACGUGAGUGGUUUGUUGAAGAUGAAAACAUCGAAUGUCCUGGAGGAUGUGAUGUAUCUAUUAUAUGA